AUGGCGGCCACUACGUUCAUGCUGUGGGCAGUAUAUUUGGCAGCUUUACGAUGGAAAGAAUCGGGUAGCUCGGCAUCCCUGCCUUGGUAUACUGUUGGCAUACUGUUAGCUGUAAAUCACCUUCUCUUUGCGCCGGCUAUUGCACCCAAGGUUCAGGUUGGGAUCGAGGAUACGUCGCGAGGCUCAUCGACAAAGGAACUCGAGGGAUGGCUGACCGUCCAUCGUGUACGCACAUGA